AUGGAAGAUGCUAUUGAGCUGGUUUUCAUUCCAGUCCCGGGAAUGGGUCACCUUGUUUCUGCAGUCGGAACAGCGAAGCUCCUCCUGCAAGCACGGCCUCAGCUCUCCGUCACUGUGUUGAUCAUGAAACUGCCUUUUGUCUCCGAUCCCAACGUUAAUUCUUACAUCGAUUCUCUGCUUGCCGAUGAGAGCGAUAACUCUAGAUUGAAGCUCAUACCACUGCCUGAGGAGGCGGAUUCUUUGAAGGGCCACACCGACACCGACCUGUCUUUCAUCUUCCGUGUCUUCUUGGAUUCUCAGAAGACUAAAGUCCGAGAAUGCGUUAAUGAAAUGUUGGGUUGUGUGGGUGUGAGGCGGCGGCUAGCGGGAUUUGUUGUGGACAUUUUGUGUAGCACUAUGAUGGAUGUGGCUGACGAGUUUGGGGUCCCCACCUACGUCUUCUACCCUUCCGGUGCUGCUACGCUCGGCCUUCACCUCCAUCUCCAGAGCCUCAACCACCACGCCUUGGAGUUUAAGGAUUCCGACCCUCAUCUCAACAUCCCUACAUAUUCCAAACCCUUUCCGGUGAACUUACUGCCCAACUUUUUAUUGGACAAAACGAACGGAAUUUGGGACUGUACCAGACAAAUCUCACAGGCCAAAGGCAUCAUUGUCAACACCUUCUUCGACCUAGAGCCGCACGCACUUGAAUCUCUCUCUAAAGACAAGAGGAUCCCACCCGUUUACCCAAUGGGGCCCAUAUUAAACCUAAACAGCAAUUACAAUAAGAAUCGAGAAUCCGAGAAGCAAAUCUGGAUGAAAUGGUUGGAUGACCAACCAUCUUCAUCAGUUGUAUUCAUUUGUUUCGGGAGUGGCGGUACUUUUCCUGAGCCUCAAGUGAAGGAGAUAGCUUAUGCACUUGAACGUAGUGGGCAAAGGUUCUUAUGGGCUUUGAGGAAGCCACCAUGUCCAGGUUCACUAGUCCCCACCGAGUAUACUAAUCACGAAGAGAUCCUGCCGGAAGGAUUCUUGGAAAGAACUCAAAGCAUUGGAAAAGUUAUAGGAUGGGCACCACAAAGUGAAGUUCUAGCUCACCUUUCUGUUGGUGGCUUCGUGUGUCAUUGCGGAUGGAAUUCAAUUUUGGAGAGUAUUUGGUUCGGAAUUCCAAUAGCAACUUGGCCAAUGUGUGUAGAUCAACAUGCAAAUGCGUUCCAAUUGGUAAGAGAGAUAGGAAUGGCGGUGGAUGUUAAGAUGGAUUACAAAAUUGAUUCAAAAGAUCCCAAGACGAAUGUUCUAAUAGUUCCAGAAAUAGUAAAUGCAAAAGAGAUAGAAUUUGGAAUCACAAGUCUUAUGGACCACUCUACCUCCAAUUCGGUAAGAACAAAAGCUAAAGAAGUUAAAGAAAAGAGCAGGAAGGCAUUAGAGGAGGGUGGCUCAUCCUUUAAUUUUGUUGAAAGUUUUUUUAAAAAUGUCAUGAACAGUCUCAAGUAG